UGAUAUAUUAAGUAAAAAAUAAUAUAUUAACUAAAAUUUAAUAAAAUAUUAAGUACAAAUUAAUGAUAUAUUAUAAAUAUAGUGACUCAUAUGUAUAUCUCAUAUACACAUAUUAAGAAACAAAUCAAUGUUUUAUUAUAAAUAUGUAUUACUUACAAAGUAAACAAUUUUCUAAGAAUCUCAGCUAUAGUAUUUUAAGAAAUUUAUUUUUUCUAAAUAAAUAAUUCUUAAAAUUGAAGAUUUGAUACCAUUAAAUAGUCAAGAAUGCAUACAAAUCUAAAAUUACUAUUUUUAUAAGGUCAAAUCUCUCUCUCUCUCUCUCUCUAAAUAUAUAUAUAUAUAUAUAUAUAUAUAAAAGAUGUUUGUUCAUAAAGUCAUAUUUUUAUAAAUAAAUUCAAAAUAUUUCUAAACUUUAAACUAAUAUUAAUUUAAUAAAAUUAAUAAUUUUCACUAGAUAUAUCGUAAAGUAAUGACUCUAAAUGAAUACAAUUGUAUAAAAAACAAGUACAUUUAUCUAUAGAAAGAGAAGAAAAAUCCGUUAAAAUUUAUUUUUUAGAAACGAAAAGUUUAUUUUUAAAAUAAAAGAGUAUUAUACUAGAUUUUGAACCGCAAAGAAUACAAAAUUUCGCGGAAAAAAGAGAUCAUCCACUAGUAUAUAUAUGUGUAUUUUGGUAAAGAAAAUUUCAUCAUCUCAGAAAUUAGAAACGUGUAGAGAUAAAAAUCCACCACAAUCUAUCUCCCCUCUAUAGCCAAUCUUUAAAAACCCUUACUUAUUCUCCUCUCCUUUUUGAUUUGAUGUUUACGUUCAUGGAUGCAGCCAGAGUGAAACCUGCUCUUUCCACCAACCCACCUAGCGAAGUUGAUCGGCUAAGCAGUUUGCCAGAUUGCUUGAUAUUCCAGAUAUUCUUAAAUCUUCCGACCAAAGAUGUGGUUCAGACUAGUGCGUUGUCCACCAGAUGGACAACUCUCUGGAAAGACGUACAUGGUCUGGAUUUGGACACCGAGGAUUUCAAUACACACGAAACAUUCGUGAGUUUUGUCGAUAACUUUCUUGAACGCAACCGUGGUUCGUACAUACAUCUGUUUAAGGUAACAUACGAUUCUUCUUAUAAGCCUGAUCUUGUCAAUCGCUGGGUCGACACUGCUGGUAGGCUUAAAGUUGAACAUCUCGACGUUUCGGACGAUUUAUCUGCUCAGGAUAUCAUGAUGAAUCCAACAGUUUACACUUGUAGUAGCUUGGUGUCCCUAAGGCUCGUGGGAAUGAGCUUACCUAGUCCCGAGCGUGUUUCAUUACCUUCUCUCAAAGAUAUUGUUUUAAUCGUCAUUGAGUAUACCAACCCAUGGGCAUUAGAGAAGUUAAUCUCACAAUGCCCAGUUCUUGAAAACGUUAGUAUUGAUAGAAUUUACGGUGAUGGAAUGCCCAUUUUACGUGUGCGUUCCCAGUCUCUAUUGAGCUUCAUGCAUUAUUGGGAUAAGAAUGAUGAUUAUGAGAAAGAUCGUAUAGUUGAAAUUGAUGCUCCCAUGCUUAAGUGUCUGAGGAUCACUGAUGGUGGAACUGCAAGCUUCAUUAUAAAGAAUCAGCCUUCCCUUGUAGAAGCUGAUAUAGAUACUGUGUUUAGUUUGACAACUGAAAGGUUGCUACAAGUUGCAAAUGAAAUACAAAAGAGAGAUAUGGUUCGUGAUUUUCUUGUUGGGAUCUCUAAGGUGAAAGAUCUGACCAUCGCCUCCUCUACUCUCGAGGUCAUAUAUGAUUACGCAAGAUAUGUACAACUACCGGUAUUUCGUAACCUGUAUACCUUGUGUGUCAGGUUCAACAGCUACAUGUGGGAGAUGUUGCCAGUCUUUCUUGAAGUCUGUCCAAAUCUAAAAACUCUUGUCGUGGGAACUAGUGAAAAUUACCUCAUGGUGGGAAUUACUGUUAUUGCGAGGCCUUGGAAUCUGUUAUCAUCUCUAGAGCAUGUUGACAUAGAAAGGCCAUUGAAAGGGGAGGCGUUGGAGAUGGCACUAGUGGGUUACUUACUCGAGAACUCACCAAACCUCAAGAAACUAUCAUUAAGUUUGCAUGAUUCCCUAAAGAAAGGAAAAUAUGUCCACAAGCUAACAUUAAGCUUGGAUGAUGCCCCAAAGAAAGAAGAAUCUGACAUCUUCAUAGAACUCCUUAACUUUCCGAGACUCUCUUGCUCAUGCCAAAUUAUUGUACGAUGAUCCUCAUAGUCAUCAGCAAUAGACAUAUAUGUUUGUCUUUGAUAACUAUUUGUUUCUUCUUAGUUUAUUAUGACAUUGGAGUGUUGAAGUUGGUAUGAUAAUUAUAGUAUUUAUCAUAUUUAUGAGUCAAAUAAGUAUUUGAUUUAUCGUGGCUUAAAGCAUAUAUGCUUUGGAAUUUGUGAAGAUGGUUUUGUGCUUCCUUCUUUUGUCUUGCAUGGCUAUAUAUAAUUUUUUUGUAUUUAAACAAAACAAUUGGGACCUUUUAAAAACCACAAAAGCAUUUCUGGAAGCACAUUUUUACCUCCAAAAAUCACCUUUUUAUUAGUGGGAAUAA